CAAGCCAUCAGCUUCUCCUUAAAAUAAAACUGCUUCAGAACAGCAGCAGCAACUGAAGGGGAAGACAACAACCAUUUUUUUUAAGCAAAGAUAACAGGUCUAUCUGCUUGCCAAGAUGUCAGACAGGACACCAUUUGAAACAGACAUGUUAACCCUUAAUCGAUAUGUUAUGGAGAAGGGAAGAAGAGUUAAAGGUGCAACAGGGGAGCUUACACAGCUGCUGAACUCGAUGCUAACUGCUAUAAAGGCCAUCUCCUCAACAGUCCGAAAGGCAGGCCUUGCUCACAUGUAUGGAAUAGCAGGCACAGUGAAUGUGACUGGCGAUGAACAGAAGAAGCUUGAUGUGUUAUCCAAUUCUCUGGUUAUCAACAUGCUCCAGUCCUCCUACAGUACCUGUGUUUUGGUUUCAGAGGAGAACAAAGAAGCUAUUAUCACUCCCAAAGAGAAAAGGGGUAAAUAUGUGGUGUGCUUUGAUCCACUUGAUGGCUCGUCCAAUAUAGACUGCUUAGCUUCCAUAGGAACCAUCUUUGCUAUCUACAAAAAGACAACAGAAGAUGAACCCUCUGAAAAAGAUGCUUUUCAAUCCGGACGCAACAUUGUCGCAGCAGGAUAUGCCUUAUAUGGCAGCGCAACACUGGUGGCUCUUUCUACGGGGCAAGGAGUGGAUUGCUUCAUGUUGGACCCGGCUCUUGGUGAGUUCAUUUUGGUGGAAAAAGAUGUGAAAAUCAAGAAGAAAGGAAAGAUCUACAGCCUUAAUGAGGGUUAUGCCAAAUACUUUGACCCUGCAAUGACAGAAUAUUUGCAAAAGAAGAAAUUUCCAGAGGAUGGCAGCUCUCCUUAUGCUUCCAGAUAUGUAGGCUCCAUGGUGGCUGAUGUUCACCGUACCAUUGUGUAUGGUGGGAUCUUUAUGUACCCAGCUAAUCAGAAGAGUCCAAAAGGAAAGCUUCGACUUCUAUAUGAAUGCAAUCCGAUGGCAUUCAUCAUUGAGCAGGCAGGAGGCAUGGCCACCACAGGAACAGAAGAUGUGCUGGAUGUGAAGCCUGAAUCAAUUCACCAAAGAGUCCCUUUUAUCGUUGGCUCUCCAGAGGAUGUUCGAGAAUACCUUGACUGUGUACAGAAACACCAGAAAAGUAGCUAGUCAUCAUCAGAAGAUUCUCAUUUUCUCAACAUAUGAGAAAAGCUUGGAAUAUAGGAAAAUUUCGUCUAGUUGUCAGUAACAGCAACUGGCACUUCUGGUUCAUUAGUUUGUUUCGUAAGUUAUUUUUCUGCUAUCAUAAAAUAUAAGACACGUGGUCUUAUUUUCUGUAAUACAAGAGUGAAAAUAAAGUCCACUUGGAAAUAAUCUCUCCCAUGCCCCAGAUAAAACAUUUUAACCCUACAUAUUGCAUCAGUUCUGCUCCUUUUCUGCUUCACGUGUUUCUUUCCCAUUAAACCACAUUACACUACCAGCCUUGUGACCAGUGAGGUCAUAUGCCUAUCUUCCUAAUUAUAUUUGUCCUGGGUGCUGAAUCAAAACAAAACAAGAAUGCAGUUGGCCUCCACUAUCAGUCCACGUUGGCUUGACUCUUGCCUAGCUACCAAUACAUGAUCCUGCUUAGUAAAGAUUAGGACUGAGAUUGUUGUGCGUGUUUUGCUACCUAGUGUUUGUUUGGUGGAUAAUUCUCUACACAGGGAUUUUACCUCUUGUUUAUGUUGUUGACACUUAUAUACUAAAGCUACACUUGUUCUUUUUCCUAAGAUUUAAAAAUGUUCUGCAAAA